CUUAUAUUUAUUUUAAUAUAAUCAUAAUCUGUUCGUAGGAAAAAUAACGAAAGGAGAAAGAAACAUUUUUUUGUGGUCUUUCCAAAAACCACUCCUCAAGCGAUCCACUAAAUACAAAACCAACCAACCAACCAAUGGCCACUGGCCAGAGCCUACCUUGGCAACUCACCACCUCUCUCCUAAUUACGCCACGUGUCCCACCUCCACAGCUACACUCGCCUCCCCGCCUGCUCCCCCCUCCACGUCACCUCAUCGCCGCCCCCAUGGCCCAUCCGUCCCUCGAAAUCCUCGGAGGCGGCUGCGACCUCUUCCUCCCCGCCCUCACCACCCUGACCCGACCCUACGACCCGUAUCCGGUAAUCGGGUCGAACCGCCACGUCGAGACCAUAUUCGCUUCGUUCUACAGGUCCACUCCCGACGUCAGGCUCCGUCGCGAAUGCCUCCGUACUGCAGACGACGGUGCCGUUGCCCUCGACUGGGUAUCCGGUGACGACCGCCUUUUGCCCCCCGACUCCCCCCUCCUCAUUCUCCUGCCUGGUUUAACUGGAGGGAGUGAUGACUCGUAUGUGAAGCACAUGCUGGUUCGCGCCAAAAGUAAAGGGUGGCGGGUCUUGGUGUUCAACAGCCGCGGUUGCGGCGGCAGUCCUGUAACAACUCCUCAGUUCUAUUCGGCUUCAUUUUUAGGAGAUAUGUGUGAAGUAGUGGCUCAUGUUGGUACUCGGUAUCCGAAAGCUAAUCUCUAUGCUGUUGGUUGGUCUCUUGGCGCUAACAUUCUUGUUCGCUACUUGGGUCAGGAAUCUAAUGCAUGCCGUCUUUCUGGUGCUGUCUCGUUGUGUAAUCCUUUCAAUUUGGUCAUUGCAGACGAGGACUUCCAUAAGGGCUUUAAUAAUGUUUAUGACAAAGCUCUUGCAAGUUCACUGUGCAAAAUUUUCAAGAAGCAUGCUCUACUCUUUGAAGACAUGGGUGGUGAGUACAAUAUUCCAUUGGCUGCCAAUGCAAAGUCCGUCAGGGAGUUUGAUGAUGGACUAACUCGUGUUUCAUUUGGCUUCAAGUCAGUAGAUGACUACUACUCCAAUUCCAGUAGUUCAAAUUCCAUAAAGGAUGUCUGCACCCCAUUGCUUUGCAUUCAGGCGGAAAAUGAUCCAAUUGCUCCAAACCGGGGAAUUCCUCGUGAGGAUAUCAAGGACAAUACAAACUGCAUGUUGAUAGUCACACCCAAAGGUGGCCACCUAGGGUGGGUUGCAGGCGCUGAAGCUCCAUUUGGAGCUCCUUGGACUGAUCCAGUCGUCAUGGAUUUCCUUGAGCAUCUGCAGAGAGGAAAACUUGAGGCCUUUUCAACUAGUAAUUUGGAAGGUGUGCACCGGAGUUCAGAGGGCUUGCACAUCUUGGAAGUAUAGUUGGGAAAAACUUGAUUCUUGCUAUAUACAUACUGUAUUUUUUUCUCAGACUACUCAUAAGAAUGUAGAGGUCGCACUUGGUGCGAUGGCAAGUGCCUUCGCCCAUGAGCGGUAGGUCUCGGGUUCGAGACUUGGGAGCAGCCUCUCCAUAAAUGGGGGUAAGGCUAGCCGACAUUCACCUCUCCCAGACCCUGCGUAAAGCGGGAGCCUUGUGCACUGGGUACGACGACUACUCAUAAGAAUGUGAUGGAAUAUGAUCAUUUCAAUACAAAUAAGCUAAAAUCACAUGAUUCUUUGUACUUUUAUGCUGUUGUACAUUGCAGCUUAGCAUGCAAUUAUGCCUCGGAUCGACCUUUUCUUUUAAUUAUGAUGCACACUUAAUGUAAUCCAUUAUUCAUAUGGAGAAAACUUCAUCAGUGUUGAGUUAUAUAUUCUUCAAGAAUGCGAAA